GUGUCUUCAAAUGACACCAUGAUUGAGGCACUCAGUGAUUUGAUUCCCUCGUUCCCUGGAGAUCCCAACCGUGCACGGUGCUUUAACCAUGUGAUCGCCCUCGUAGCAAAAAGUUUGAUACGUCAAUUUGAUGUCCCCAAAGGCAUGGCAGAUGCAGCACUGGACGACACAGAGAGGGAG